AUGGAUAACGACGCCCAACCCCAGCCCACUUUGCCUCGCGCCGAUGGGCCCACUCGCGGACGGCGCGUACGGGACUUCCGACGGGGCUAUCAGGCAUGCGAACUAUGCCGAAGGAAGAAGAUCCGCUGCGUUGUUGAUACGCCCGGCGCCUCCUGCUUGAGGUGUCAACGAGAGCUGAAGGAAUGCAUCUUCAGCCACGAACGUUCACAUCGAAAAAGGGACGUGGCCGGUAGGAGAGGUUCAUCAAAAGAGGAAGGCAGCUCUACACGCGAGAGCACAUCACCUGCUCGGGCGUCAACUUUCCCUCGCGAGGAGCCUGAUACAUACACCGAGGAGCCCUCGCAGCUCCUAAACGAUACCACCGAUGUUGUCCUUCCCACACAAGAUUACCAAGAUCUUCCAUUAGCAGUGGGCAACAUCCUGGCCCAAGACCUCCCUCAAUCACGUCAAGAGGGCACCGGCACCUCUCCCUCUCUUGGCUCGACGGGGCCCACCGGAGACCUCACUGACAGUGUUAUGAGAACAUUGGUCUCCAAUGGCAAAGACGCUCUCCGGCUAUUGUUUCAAGCUGCCAUCGAACAUGUCAAACAAGACGGAACAACACCCAGCAAUCCGCCUUCGGUUUCACAACACCCGCUGCACCCAGGAGCCGAGAUAGUGACUCCUCAAACAACUGUAUCUAUGAGAACUUCGAGACCAAUCUACCUGUCACCCGCAUCCCCCGAUGCAUUGACAGUUUGGCGAGCUUUCCGGUUCGUCAAGAUGGGAUGGUUCACAGCUGAAGAAGCAGUCACCUACAUGGAAUUAUUUCAGCACAACCUGGCACCCCUCUCCUUAGUAUCCAAGGGACUUGACUUGAGUCAAGACAAGCACUACAAGAUCAUCACACAAGAACCUCUUCUCUGUUGCGUGAUCCUCAUGAUUUCUUCUAGAUAUCACAUCCUACAGGGCGCUAGUGGCAUUACUCGGAGUACUCUCGUGCACCACCGGCUAUGGGAGCACUGUCAGCACCUUGUGAUGAGGAUCAUCUUUGGGCAAGAAAAGCGAUCCAAAGCCAAGACAAGGACGAGAGGAUCAAUCGAUGCUCUGCUACUAAUUAUUGAAUGGCACCCGCAAGCAAUACACUUACCACCUGCUGCAGAUGGCUGGGACUCUUCCCUUCUCCUCUCAUUUCCGGAUCCUCGAGAUGAUCAGUUCGGGAAUCAAGCAGAUGCCACUGAUGACAACGACGCUCUAUGGCUUCGUGACGUUAUACUACCUGCAAAGACCUCAGACCGUAUGUCUUGGAUGCUUCUGGGAUGCGCACAAUCCCUGGCCCUUGAGUUGGGGGUUUGCGACACGAGCGACUCAGGAUCCAUCCAGCCUCCAGGCCUUCAAGCCCAACAGACACGUCUGCGCGACCUUCUUUACAUCUUUUUGGAACAACAGUCUAGUAGACUAGGGUGUCCUUCCAUGAUGCCUACCUCUAUCUCCCGAUUCAUGUCGGAGCGCUCACAGGGCGGGCAAGAUGACUCGGCCAGCGUCAAUGCCUGGCUCAACCUUACCAGCCUCACAAGAACUAUCAUCGACGUACUCUGCCCAUCAGCAACGGCCAUUCGCGAGAUCUUGAGCAGUGGCAGAUACGUAAACAUCAUCAAGCACUUCCAGCAACAGUUGGCGACGUGGAAAGCAACUCACCUUUGUCGAGAAAACCUGUCAGCACAUGCCUACGAAGACCUCUCGAUCGAGUUCAACUAUCUCCGUGCCUUCAUGAACUCACUGGGGAUCCAAGCCGUCGUUGAUCGUGUCCUCGGCGGGAGACCUCCCAAUUCCAUCAAUACCGACAUCUUUCAAUCUUCUAUCACAGCGACCGACUAUUCCUUCAUCAGGGAGGUGAUUGAUGGCUCAUGCCAGGCUCUUGAGUCGAUCAACAGGCUUUCCGAGGCUGGUACGCUCCGAUACUGCCCUGUCAGAGUGUUUCUACGCAUAAUUAUGGCUUCCAUCUUUUUAUUGAAAGCUCUUAGUCUGGGAAGCCGCACUACGGACCUGGAGGCUUCUUUGAACGUCUUGGAGAGGAGUAUCGAGGCACUAAAAGCAAGUAACCUGGACGAGAUGCACCUCGCUUCUCGCUACGGAGAGUUACUGGAGAUGCACCUGGAGAAAUUUAGGCAGGGAAUGGUCCCAACAUCUAUUCCAAGAGGCAUUCCUCUGGUUGAUGAGAGCACUCAGUGGGCUUUCGACAGUGGUGUUCCGCAAGGAGAGAGUUUGGGGGACGUGCCAAUGGCAGCUGUCGACGACUGGUUGGCGCUUCCUUUUGAUCCAAGCAUUGCGCCAUUUGGGUUUUCUAACGAUACAAAUGAAUUUGCCGAACAGGAGGACAGGUCUUGGGAUUUUCUAUGGAGUUUGCCAAAUGUGUGA